ACAUAAAUUGGAUAAAUGGUCGACUCUACACAGUUAAAAAUUUCACUUGUACGAUCGUCGUUUUCCCCGAGAUCCAAAACUCUGUAAAUCUCAAGCCCACCCACUCCGAUUCGCCACCGCAUCUCCUCCUUCAUCUCCCCCGUCAUCUCCGAUUAAUUUAUUUUCCAUACAUACAACCGUCGAAGAAUAUGCAGACUUACGGUGUACCGAUUUACGCCGCCGAUUGGAUCCCGGAGGUUGAUGUUAGAUCUAAAAUCCUUAUGGAUCCAGAGAAGUCCGAAGAAAAUGAUGUUGAUGAGUCUUCGUCGUCGUCGUCUCGGAGCUGCAUCGUUUUGUCCGGCGGAGGGGGAGAGGGACGAAGCGGAAUCCCGAAUGUCAUCUUAAUCUGUCGUGUUGAUCUCGACACCAACUCUCUCUCGGAACAACCUCUGGGUAGGCUUGUUCUUGGCACUGAUCUACCUUACCGGAUGGUUGUUCAUCCUCGCGAAGGUGGUCUUAUCUGUGCAUUGCAAAACAGUUGUAGACUGUUUGGUUGGGAUAACAUUAUGAGCCCACGAGAGGAUAAUCAGGCUGGUGAAGAGUCUGAGGAAGUGAUUCAAGAGUUAAAAGAUGUUGGACAACAGUUGGCUCUGGCGUUCAAUCCGGAGGGAUCUGUGCUCGCUGCUGGUGCGGAGGAUGGGACUUUGAGGGUUUUUGAAUGGCCCAGCAUGAACUCGUUACUUAACGAGUCUCAGGCACAUUCAUCAGUCAAAAGCUUAACUUUCAGCGAAAAUGGUAAAUUUCUUGUAUCUCUUGGAGGUCCACUUUGUCGGGUUUGGGAAGUGAAUGCUUCAACUGCUGUUGCCAGUCUAUCAAAAGAGAAGGAUGAGAUGUUUGCCUCCUGUAGAUUUUCUCUAGACAGUGCAGGCAAUGAAGUUCUUUACGUUGCUGCAAAUACUGAACGUGGUGGGAGUAUUAUAACAUGGGAUACAAAAUCAUGGAAACGAAAAGAGUCAAAGCCUAUUGAAAAAAACUCUAUAUCAGCCUUUAAUGUCUCACCUGAUGGGAAGCUGCUUGCGAUAGGAACCCUUGAAGGAGAUGUUUUGAUACUUGAUUCGACGAGAAAGCAAACUAACCAAAUUGUCAAGAAAGCGCAUCUCGGUUUGGUCACAGCACUGACUUUCUCCCCUGAUUCAAGGUGCCUAGUGUCGGUAUCUUUUGACUCAAGGGCAAGGUUAACCGUUAUUGAAAAAAAGAAUGAAAAACGUGCGUAUUACGCUGGAACAAGGUGGUGGAUACUGGCAAUAUUGUUUGUGAUUCUAUACGUUGUUGCAUAUUAUUUUUUGAAGGCAAAGGGGAUCAUAUCUAUCUCUUUGAGUUAGGUUUUUUUCGUUUGUGUUUUGACAACGUCUCAGGGAUUCUUUAAUUUUUACCGCAUGCUUUUAUAUUAUAAAAAUGUAAACUAAUACUGAUACAGUAAACAUAGUGGCAAUAAACAAAUUAAUUUAUUUUCCAUA